CAGAUUACUACCCAGCUGAAGAGACAGAGAUUACAAUUAAUCACCAGCAAGCUGGCCAGUCCCAACAACUUGUCGUGAAAGGAGUUAAAUUCAUGUUUCAAUCAAAACUCGACGUUGUCCAUAAAAUUCUCUCCACGGAAUCAGACCCCUUGAAUUUUUUGUGCUCCUCGUUCCAGAUUGGCGAUUUACAAAAUGUCGAUCUCAUUUUGUCCGGGAAUUUCGAAAAGAAAGUCCCAGAGGGGGUCGAUUUGUUAAAAAGUUCCAAAAGCGUUUUGGUUCAUGAGCAAGGUAUAGUCUUUUUAAGGUUAUAAAUGGCAGUGGUUACUGAACUGAUAGAGCUAUCCAGCAAUUAUCCAGCAUAAAUAAAGUUAGUUUAGUUUAGGUUUCCUCCUGUAGUAACACUGGAUCACUAAAAGAUGAUCCUUACUUGACCUCUGGGAAGAACAGUUUAGAACUGAUAGAGCUAUCCAGCAUAAAUAAAGUUAGUUUAGUUUAUGUUUCCUCCUGUAAUAACACUGGAUCAAUAAACGAUGAUCCUUACUGGACCUCUAGGAAGAACAGUUUAGAACUGAUAGAGCUAUCCAGUAUCAAUAAAGUUAGUUUAGUUUAGAUUUCCUCUUGUAGUAACACUGGAUCAAUAAGAGAUGACUCUUACUGGACCUCUAGGAAGAACAGUUUGGAACUGAUAGAGCUAUCCAGUAUAAAUAAAGUUAGUUUUGUUUAGGUUUUGUUCUACAGUAUAGUAACACUGGAUUAAUAAAAUAUCUUAAAGAGAACAGCUGUUUAGAACUAAUUGAGCUCAAGUUUAACGUUGUUCACUGUACAAAAUGUUUGUUUUACAGUUCUUCCAAAAGAAACGCCAACGUUGCUACAUUUUGCCGCAUUUUAUAAUUUGAAGAAACUCGCAAAAGCUUUGCUUCGCUGCCCUGGGGCCAAGGAAGCCAUGUCGAUCAAAAAUUGCCAUGGUAACGGGCCUGUCGGCGUGGCUCAACUGAAGAAGCAUAGCGAAAUGGAACAGUUGCUCCAAGACCAUCAGGUCAGUGUGAUUUAAUGUGAUGGUGUGGUAUGGUAUGGUUUGGUGUGAUGUGGUAUGGUAUGGUAUGGUAUACUAUGGUAUGGUAUGGUAUGGUGUGGUAUACUAUGGUAUGGUAUACUAUGGUAUGGUAUGGUAUGGUAUGGUAUGGUAUGGUAUGGUAUACUAUGGUAUGGUAUGGUAUGGUAUGGUAUGGUAUGGUAUGGUAUGGUAUGGUAUACUAUGGUAUUAUAUACUAUGGUAUGGUAUGGUAUGGUAUGUUGUAAGUGACUUGUGAAACGUCUUGAUGAGAACAUUCGUAUUCUUCAACAAUUUAAAAUAAAUGAAUGAUAUUUGGUGAGAAAAUUGAACUUAAAGUAUGUUAAUCAGCAUUUGUAUGUUAAUCAGCAUGAUUCUGUAUCACAUAUACAAACUCCUCCACACUCGUGAUUUCUUUUGUUUGUACAUGAAUUAUUAAUGAAUUUCAAAAGGUAUAAUGUGGUAUGGUAUGGUAUGGUAUGGUAUGGUAUGGUAUGGUAUGCUAUGCUAUGCUAUGGUGUGAUAUGGCAUGGUACGGUGUGGUGUGGUAUGGUAUGGUAUGGUAUGGUAUGGUAUAGUAUACAAAUAAUGAAUGUUUAUGAGUGCAAUGGUAAGAAUAUUUUCAUGAGAUGAAAGAUGGAAUGUUCCAUCUUUCACCGAAUGAAAAUAUUCUUACCAUUGCACGAAUAAAAACAUUCAUUAUUUGUUUUAUAUAAUAGCAAAAUAGACUAAUAUUAAAAGGUUUACUGUAAGCUCCCGCCAUUUUGACGAGUCGUAUUUGCAUUAAAUCCCAUUUACUGAGUUUCGAAUAUCGGGUUAAAAUAAACUGCGAUUCGGGCGGAGUGUUCUCACACAAUUUCGAGUUUUGCCAAUUUCCACGAGUGUCGAUAUAACUGUAUAUCAAUACGGAAAAAAUGUUUUAUAUUUGUUAAAUGUAAUAUGGUAUAUUGAUAUGGUAUGGUGUGUUGUAUGGUGUAAUAUAGUAUGGUGUUGUAUGGUAUGGUAUGGUAUGGUAUGGUAUGGUAUGGUAUGGUAUGGUAUGGUAUGGUAUGGUAUGGCAAAGACAAAGUAUGGUGUGGUAUGACAUGAUGCGACAAAUUUAUUUUAACAGGUUACGUUGGCCAAAUGUUCACCCACUGUUUUAGCGUUCUUGUUUAUAUUCCUCACAGGCUAGUGGAAAUAACGACAAAUUGGCAGAUGAGGACGAAUAUAUGAGCAUGGAGCGAUGCUACGAAAGCUACGUUGAGAUGGGUGGUACAAGUCCUCAGUAUGUUGUACCCGAUUACAGGAAACGUUCUGAAAGUGCAGUGGACGACGGAGAACAGCUCUAUGAGGAUAUGGGAGGCAAAUCUGAGCGUAAGUCAUUAUUUUGCAUGUGUUUGUUUCAUUGCGAGGUUUCGGUGAUUGUUUCGUUGAUGCAAUGAAAAUUAUGGAAACUUUUUAUAAACUCUCGCUUCUCAACUCUCAUUCAACUCUUGCUCUCGUUUGAUCAAGCAAUGGAAGUUCAGAAAACUGUCAUGUAAACUCUCGCUUGUCAACUCUCAUGCAAUGUUGAGAAAACUUUCAUGUAAACUCUCGCUUCUCAACUCUUAUGCAAUUCUUGUUCUCGUUUGAUCAAGCAAUGAAAGUUGAGAAAACUCUCAUGUAGACUCUCGCUUGUCAACUCUCAUGCAACUCUUGUUCUCGUUUGACCAAGCAAUGAAAGUUGAGAAAACCCUCAUGUAAACUCUCGCUUCUCAACUCUCAUGAAACUCUUGUUCUCGUUUGAUCAAGCAAUGAAAGUUGAGAAAACUCUCAUGCAUGUAAACUGUCGCUUCUCAACUCGCAUGAAACUCUUGUUCUCGUUUGAUCGAGCAAUGAAAGUUGAGAAAACUCUCAUGGAAACUCUCGCUUGUCAACUCUCAUGCAACUCUUGUUCUCGUUUGAUCAAGCAAUGAACGUUGAGAAAACUCUCAUGUAGGUUCUCGCUUCUCAACUCUCAUGCAACUAUUGUUCUCGUUUGAUCAAACAAUGAAAGUUGAGAAAACUCUCAUCUAAACUCUCGCUUCUUAACUAUCAUGCAACUCUUGUUCUCGUUUGAUCAAGCAAUGAACGUUGAGAAAACUCUCAUGUAAACUCUCGCUUCUCAACUCUCAUGCAACUCUUGUUCUCGUUUGAGCAAGCAAUGAAUGUUGAAAAAACUCUCAUGUAAACUCUCGCUUGUCAACUCUCAUGCAACUCUUGUUCUCGUUUGAUCAAGCAAUGAACGUUGAGAAAACUCUCAUGUAGGUUCUCGCUUCUCAACUCUCAUGCAACUAUUGUUCUCGUUUGAUCAAACAAUGAAAGUUGAGAAAACUCUCAUCUAAACUCUCGCUUCUUAACUAUCAUGCAACUCUUGUUCUCGUUUGAUCAAGCAAUGAACGUUGAGAAAACUCUCAUGUAAACUCUCGCUUCUCAACUCUCAUGCAACUCUUGUUCUCGUUUGAGCAAGCAAUGAAUGUUGAAAAAACUCUCAUGUAAACUCUCGCUUGUCAACUCUCAUGCAACUCUUGUUCUCGUUUGAUCAAGCAAUGAACGUUGAGAAAACUCUCAUGUAGGUUCUCGCUUCUCAACUCUCAUGCAACUAUUGUUCUCGUUUGAUCAAACAAUGAAAGUUGAGAAAACUCUCAUCUAAACUCUCGCUUCUUAACUAUCAUGCAACUCUUGUUCUCGUUUGAUCAAGCAAUGAACGUUGAGAAAACUCUCAUGUAAACUCUCGCUUCUCAACUCUCAUGCAACUCUUGUUCUCGUUUGAGCAAGCAAUGAAUGUUGAAAAAACUCUCAUGUAAACUCUCGCUUGUCAACUCUCAUGCAACUCUUGUUCUCGUUUGAUCAAGCAAUGAACGUUGAGAAAACUCUCAUGUAGGUUCUCGCUUCUCAACUCUCAUGCAACUAUUGUUCUCGUUUGAUCAAGCAAUGAAAGUUGAGAAAACUCUCAUCUAAACUCUCGCUUCUCAACUAUCAUGCAACUCUUGUUCUCGUUUGAUCAAGCAAUGAACGUUGCGAAAACUCUCAUGUAGGCUCUCGCUUCUCAACUAUCAUGUAAAUAAAUUACUUUCUAUUCUAACACUAUAGCUGAAGAGCUGUAUGAUACGCCUCGCUCGGAAACUGAAGAUCGUUUUGAAGGGUACGACGAGGAAUUAGACCAAAACGAGAACACAUUGCAACAACGGGAAUCGGCCAUGCAAAAGCAGAUUGAUGAAUAUAAAGUGUUUGGAAGAAUGACUGAGAAGGAGGUUCAAUUGGCUUUGCUCAUGAAGCGUGUCAAGGAAAGAUAUAUCACCCAAGAGCAAGCCCUGGAGAUGGCUCGAGUUCUCCGUCUUGAUGUACGAGCAUUUAAAUAUAGCUAAGUCUAAACUAAACUAACUUUGUUUGUACUGGAUAGCUCUAUCAGUUCUAAACUGUUCUUCCUAGAGGUCCACCAGUAAGGUGAUCUCUAUUGAUCCAGUGUUACUACAGGAGGAAACCUAAACUAAACUAACUUUAUUUAUACUGGAUAGCUCUAUCAAUUCUAAACUGUUCUUCCUAGAGGUCCAGUAAGGUGAUCUCUUAUUGAUUCAGUGUUACUACAGGAGGAAACCUAAACUAAACUAACUUUAUUUAUACUGGAUAGCUCUAUCAAUUCUAAACUGUUCUUCCUAGAGGUCCAGUAAGGUGAUCUCUUAUUGAUUCAGUGUUACUACAGGAGGAAACCUAAACUAAACUAACUUUAUUUAUACUGGAUAGCUCUAUCAGUUCUAAACUGUUCUUCCUAGAGGUCCAGUAAGAAUUAUCUCUUAUUGAUCUAGUGUUACUACAGGAGGAAUUACCUAAACUAAACUAACAUUAUUUAUACUGGAUAGCUCUAUCAGUUCUAAACUGUUCUUCCUAGAGGUCCAGUAAGGAUAAUCUCUUAUUGAUCCAGUGUUACUACAGGAGGAAACCUCAACUAAACUAACAUUAUUUAUACUGGAUAGCUCUAUCAGUUCUAAACUGUUCUUCCUAGAGGUCCAGUAAGAAUUAUCUCUUAUUGAUCUAGUGUUACUACAGGAGGAAUUACCUAAACUAAACUAACAUUAUUUAUACUGGAUAGCUCUAUCAGUUCUAAACUGUUCUUCCUAGAGGUCCAGUAAGGAUCAUCUCUUUUUGAACCAGUGUUACUACAGGAGGAAACCUGAACUAAACUAACUUUAUUUGUACUGGAUAGCUCUAUCAGUUCUAAACUGUUCUUCCUAGAGGUCCAGUAAGGAUAAUCUCUUAUUGAUCCAGUGUUACUACAGGAGGAAUUACCUAAACUAAACUAACUUUAUUUAUACUGGAUAGCUCUAUCAGUUCUAAACUGUUCUUCCUAGAGGUCCAGUAAGAAUUAUCUCUUAUUGAUCCAGUGUUACUACAGGAGGAAUUACCUAAACUAAACUAACUUUAUUUAUACUGGAUACCUCUAUCAGUUUUAAACUGUUCUUCCUAGAGGUCCAGUAAGGAUAAUCUCUUAUUGAUUCAGUGUUACUACAGGAGGAAACCUGAACUAAACUAACUUUAUUUGUACUGGAUAUCCCUAAUACUGUAGUUCUAAACUGUUCUUCCUAGAGGUUUAUAUUACCAGGGCUUCAUUAUUUGUCUUCUUCGCUUAGCCUCAAGUACCGUCCACGGACUCAAAAAAGAAAAAACCCAGAGUAAAGAAAAGAGUCUCUGGUGAGUUGCCCUCGGAGGAGGGGGAACGAGGGGAGGGCACUGAACUAUAAAUAAACUGGAAGGCUAACUCAGGGGGGAAAUUGAAGCCUGUGUAUUUUAGUUUUUCUGAGUUAUGAGCAGAAAUACUCAACACUUAACGUUGGGCAAUAUAUCAAAUUGAAGCUAUUGAAAAACGCUAUUUGGUGUAGAAAUUUCAAGACUUUAGCUAAAAGGGAAAUAUUGAAAAACUACAAACAUAAUUACCGAUAAUUUGCCGUUUUGCAGUUGUUUUUGUAUUUUUUAAAUAUUUCUCUUUUGGCUGAAGUCUUGAAAUUUCCACACCGGAUAGCAAUUUUCAAUAGCUUCAAUUUGAUAUAUUGCCCGACGUUUGGGGUCAAGUAUUUCUGCUCAUAACUCAGAAAAACUAUUUUGGCUUCAUCAAAUCAUAGGCCUUCAUCAUAGCAGUUAGCCUUCCAGUUUAUUUAUAGUUCAAUGGGGGAGGGUACUUACAUUCCUUAGACAGGGAUUUAGUCUGCAACCCCCUCAAACGUGCUUGGCCAACGCCCGGUGAGUUGCCGAGCGAGAACUUUUUCGUGAAGAAUGCCUCACAUACUGUAAACGUUCAUGUCUUGCAAACAAAGUCAGAACAUUGAAAACUGCCAAAGCGUCAUUCUAAACUACACACGUAAAAACGCCCAAGUUGUUAGAGGUCUGCAAACAAGUUGUUACAAAUCUGUUCACAAGCUGUCGACAAGUUGUGUUCGCACUGCUUGUUCCCAGUUGUCGUAACAAGUUUUGCACAAGCUGUUAACAACUUGUAACAAGCUUGAUGCAUUAUCAGACUUGUUACAAGGUUGUUCUAACAAGUCUGAUACAGUCAUGAUAUAACAAGAAUGUUACAAGGUUGUUCUAACAAGUCUGAUACAGUCAUGAUAUAACAAGAAUGUUACAAGGUUGUUCUAACAAGUCUGAUACAGUCAUGAUAUAACAAGAAUGUUACAAGGUUGUUCUAACAAGUCUGAUACAGUUAUGAUAUAACAAGAAUGUUGCAAGGUUGUUCUAACAAGUCUGAUACAGUCAUGAUAUAACAAGAAUGUUACAAGGUUGUUCUAACAAGUCUGAUACAGUCAUGAUAUAACAAGAAUGUUACAAGGUUGUUCUGACAAGUCUGAUACAGUCAUGAUAUAACAAGAAUGUUACAAGGUUGUUCUAACAAGUCUGAUGCAGUCAUGAUAUAACAAGAAUGUUACAAGGUUGUUCUAACAAGACUGAUACACUCAUGAUAUAACAAGAAUGUUACAAGGUUGUUCUAACAAGUCUGAUACAGUCAUGAUAUAACAAGAAUGUUACAAGGUUGUUCUAACAAGUCUGAUACAGUCAUGAUAUAACAAGAAUGUUACAAGGUUGACGACACAAGGUUGUAACAAUAUUGUUAUACCUUGACUGUAUCGGACAUGUUCGAACAACCUUGCAACAAGCCUGAUAAUAUCAACAAGGUUGUUACAAGUUGUUAACAGCUUGUUCCAAACUUGUUGACAACUUGGGACAAGCAGUGCGAACACAACUUGUUCACGGCUUGUUGGCAGACUUGCUACAAGAUGUGAGAUUUUUCCGUGUGUAGAGGACGAAAUUAAUUAAUCUCCGAAAUUGAGUUUUCCGUGUUUAAUGAUGAACUGAUGAUUUUGAAAGCUCUUGAAAUUCAGCGUACAGUGCCUGACUAUUUGAUUAUUUUUUAUUUAGUUCCGAAUAUAAGUGACCUGCCGGAAAGGAAGGUUAGCCUUAUACUUGUUUUAUUGCUUCUCUUUGGUGUACCAUCUAGAAUCUCUUCAUUUUAGCAUUAUUUUACAGAUAAAGCACUAAACAUACUUUUUAAGUUUGUUUGCCGCUUGGGAAACGUUUCAAAAAUUUUAAAACAUUGAGUAUAGUCAUAACCAAUGGACCAUUUGCAUUAUAGACUAAAUUUUGAUCUAGACAAAAAUUUCAUCACAGCUUGAAAGGGCAACGCUACGCAAAAUUAGUAAUAUUCCCAAGUUUCGUUGCGAAAUGUUGUAAAAUGCGGAUAAUAUAGCCUUGCGAAGUUUGCCGUUUUUCAGUCAUUUUGUACACGGGAAAUUGACAGCCCAAUCGGGUGUUGGGACAUCAAUUUCCCGUUUGUAAUACAAAAUAACUGAAAAUUGCGAACUUCGCAAGGCUAUAUUAUCCGCAUUUUACAACAUUUCGCAACGAAACUUCGGAAUAUUACUAAUUUUGUGAUGCUCUUUCAAGCUGUGAUGAAAUUUUUGUCUAGAUCAAAAUUUAGUCUAUAAUGCAAAUGGUCCAUUGAAAAAGUAUAUUCAUUAUAGUUUUGAGCGCGUGUUACAUAACCUACAAAAGAUUUCCCUCUUAAUGGCACCUUGACCAAGUAUUUAUUUUUUGUCGUAAUUUAGACGCAGUCGUUGCCGAGAACUAUGUCAACCAGCUCUGGUUCAAGUAAGUCUGAAUUCAGUUUUUCUGGAAAUUUCAUCUCUGAGAAUGGUUUUGUAAUAGAAUUGGAACAACCCUACAUGGCCCAAUCCCUAUAUUAGCCGGGUUCCGAAGUUGAUGAGUGGACUGGGGGACGAGUGUUAAAAAGUGCCCAAAUUAAGAAAUGAACCAAAUCACUAAAAAGACCACCUCAAAAUUGGUAAGUAUACAAAGUUUGAAGACGUUUACACGAAUACCCUUCGAAUAAUAAGCUUUCGAAAAUCGUGAAAUUACUGAUUAAAAUUAGACUGUUUUUGGGACGCGCGUCCCCCAAAACAAAAAUUAGAGUACAUUUUAUAGUAAAUAUCGCGAUUUUCGAAAGCUUAUUAUUCGAAGGGUAUUCAUGUAAACGUCUUCAAAAACUUUGUAUACUUACUAACUUUGAGGUGAUCUUUUUAGUGAUUUGGUUCAUUGCUUAAUUUGGGCACUUUUUAACACUCGUUACCAGUCCGCUCAUCAACUUCGGAGUGGCUGAUUGUGUACGAAACAUCGGGCUAUGACCAUUCUAUCCUACACAGUUGCAAUUUUAACUUGCUUAAUGUUUUGUUACUUAGGCGUUAGUAGUACUAGCAGUGUCGGAAGUACGGGAUCUGGUUACGCGGUUAGUAUAUCACCAUGAAAUAUUUUUUCCCAAAAUUUUAAUAUUCAUGAAUAUAGCGCCAUGGUACACUCGUAAAUAUCUCACAUCUUGUAGCAAGUCUGCCAACAAGCCGUCAACAAGUUGUGUUCGCACUGCUUGUCCCAAGUUGUCAACAAGUUUGGAACAAGCUGUUAACAACUUGUAACAACCUUGAUGGCAUUAUCAGACUUGUUACAAGGUUGUUCCAACAAGAUCGCUACAGUCAUGGUAUGACAAUAUUGUUACAACUUUGUGUCGUCAAACUUGUAACAUUCUUGUUAUAUCAUGAUUGUAUCAGACUUGUCGGAACAAUUAACCUUGUAACAAGUCUGAUAGUGCCAUCAAGCUUGUUACGAGUUAUUAACCUUGUUGACAUUAUAUUGCGAUACAUAUUGAUAAUCCGAUACAGUCAUACAACAAUAUUGUUGCAACCUUGUCUCGUCAACCUUGUAACAUUCUUGUUAUAUCAUGACUGUAUCAGACUUGUUAGAACAACCUUGUAACAUUCUUGUUAUAUCAUGACUGUAUCAGACUUGUUAGAACAACCUUGUAACAUUCUUGUUAUAUCAUGACUGUAUCAGACUUGUUAGAACAACCUUGUAACAUUCUUGUUAUAUCAUGACUGUAUCAGACUUGUUAGAACAACCUUGUAACAUUCUUGUUAUAUCAUGACUGUAUCAGACUUGUUAGAACAACCUUGUAACAUUCUUGUUAUAUCAUGACUGUAUCAGACUUGUUAGAACAACCUUGUAACAUUCUUGUUAUAUCAUGACUGUAUCAGACUUGUUAGAACAUCCUUGUAACAUUCUUGUUAUAUCAUGACUGUAUCAGACUUGUUAGAACAACCUUGUAACAAGUCUGAUCAUGGCCUUAAAGUUUGUCGUAAGUUGUUAACAGCUUGUUCUAAACUUGUUACAACAACUGGGAACAAGCAGUGCGAACACAACUUGUCGACAGCUUGUAAACAGAUUUGUAACAACUUGUUUGCAGACCUGGAACAACUUGUGCGUUUUUACGUGUGUAAUAAACAAGGUUGACGAGUCCAAUAAACUUGCAACAAGUUGUUCCAACAAGUUGUUCCAACAAGUCUGAUAUCGUCUGCACGUAACAAGUUGAUGACAAUAAUCUUGUUGCAAUUUGUUACGAACAGCCUGUAUUAGUCUUGUUGGAACAACUUGUAGCAAGUCUGUUACCGUCAUCAAGCUUGUAACAAGGUGAUAACAACUUGUUCCAGACUUGUGACAACAACUGGGAACAAGCAGUGCGAACACAUCCUGAUAUCGGCUUCACAACAACCUUGUUGCAACUUGUUUGCAGAUCUGAAACAACUUUCGCGUUUUCACGUGUAGGUUGUCUGUUAUAUUUAACAAAUAUAAAACAUUUUCCGUGUUGAUAUACAGUUAUAUCAACACGAGUGGAAAUUGGGAAAACGAGAAAUUGCGUGGAAACACGACGCCCGAAGGGCGGAGUGUUUUCACACAAUUUCGAGUUUUCCCAACUUCCACGAGUGUUGAUAUAACUAUAUAUCAAUACGGAAAAAAUGUUUUAUAUUUGUUUUAUAAUAUAGCAAUGUCAAAAGCCCGAAGAAUAAGAACAAUUUCCGUGUUACAAGCGGCAGAAAAUUUCCCGUGUUGACAUGGAGUUAUAUCAACACGGCUCUUAGCCAAUCAGCGUUCACAAUUUACAAAUGCUAUAUUAUAAAUUCUCAUUGCUCGCUUUUUCAUACAAUAUCUUUAACUGAAGUAAUAGCAUAGCCACCUCGAAAUCCUUUGUCUCACGAGAUGCGACUAAUGACUAAUUUAGCUUGUUGCUAAAACAUGAGGGACGAUUAGAAACUAAUCAUCCAACGGGACGUUUAGUUACUAAUCGUCGUCCCUCAUCUUUAUACUGUACAUAACCUCAAUUAAAUAUUUAACAGACAUGAAAAAUCAACCGUAACUUAAUUAACAAACAUCCCAAUAGUCAUUAGUAGAGACCUUACGAUUUUAGGACAGCAACGCGACGGCAACGGCUACCAAUACAAUAGAUCACUGAAAAUAAUUGAAUAAUUACAAUAUAUGAAUAAUUUAGACAUUGUUCUCACUCUGUUUACAACGCCAAACAACAUAUUUUCGCGUCUUGAUACAACGGCUGCAUUCCAAGCCGCAACAAGUGUAACUUCAAACUGGGUUUAGCAGAACUCUUCCCAACCAUAAAACCCAUCUCUUCAACUUCUAAAACUGUAUUAAAUUCAUACGAUUGAUAAUAUACCACGAACUAUCGUUACUACCAUUUAUUUGAAGGAGUUUGUUUUGGCCGUCGUCGUCGCGUUGCCGUCCUAAAAUCGUAAGGUCUCUAGUGUCAAAAAACAAACGCGCCUUUUCAUUUCAACUUAUUCAAUCGAAUGAAACCGUUUUAUUGUCUCGGUAGCUAUGAUAUUACAAAGUGAUAGCAUGGCAUUACGGUCGAUCAGUGAAGAAAUGCCCCUCAAGCCUUUAGUAAAAAACUUCAGUAAAAGUUUUACUAAACUUCUCUCGGCUUUCUGCCAUGCUAUUACUUAUAAGAAUAUUAAGAAUAAUUAUCAGCCCCGACGAACAUUCUCGGAUUUCUAAUAUAAUUUGUCUUUGUCUUCUUUUCGUAGAGUGAUGGUAUUAACAGCCGACCACCGGCCCUAGCUAAGCCUAAGGUAUAAAAUUUUUAACUUUAUUUCUCAACCGGCAAAUAGAAAAUGUUUCAUUUCCCUGGAAUAAAAAAUAAGACGUUGUUGGCAAUUUUUAAAACUUUAAUUUUUUAUUUCAUUACAUAGAAACCCGCUGGUGGAUUCAGUUAUCUUGGUCAACCUCAGGUGUCACCAAAGAAAACAGGUAAAAUAUGACAGAGUAAUCUAUGAUAGGACAAUUAUAAUAUUUUUUGUACAAUAGGAGAUGAUCCUUACUGGACCUCUAGGAAGAACAGUUUAGAACUGAUAGAGCUAUCCAGUAUAAAUAAAGUUAGUUUAGUUUAGGUUUCCUCCUGUAGUAAUAUGCAAUUACUUUAUGGUUUCCGUGUUUGGAUGGCCUGAUCCAAACACGCGGGAAUGUUGCGAGGGUUAAGAAAAGCGAGCGAAAACACGAGCCGAAGGCGAGUGAUUUUGCCCGCUUUUCUUAACUCGAGCAACAUUCCCAAGUGUUUGGAUCAGGCCAUCCAAACACGGAAACCAUAAAGUAAUAGUUUUAUAAAAUAACAACAACACGAUAGUCUUCCGUGUUUGGAUGGCCUGCUCCAAACACGGGUUUCGACCAAUCAGAAUACGCGUUAUAUACAUGUUAUUUUAUAACACUGGAUCAAUAAGAGAUGAUCCUUACUGGACCUCUAGGAAGAACAGUUUAAAACUGAUAGAACUAUCCAGUAUAAAUAAAGUUAGUUUAGUUUAGGUUUCCUCCUGUAGUAACACUAGAUCAAUAAGAGAUGAUCCUUACUGGACCUCUAGGAAGAACAGCUUACAACUGAUAGAGCUAUCCAGUGUAAAUAAAGUUAGUUUAGUUUAGUUUUGCUCCUGUAGUAACACUGGAUCAAUAAGAGAUGAUUCUUACUGGCAUGGACCUCUCUAGGAAGAACAUGCAGUUUAGAACCGAUAGAUUUAUCAAGUAUAAAUAAAGUUAGUUUAGUUUAGGUUUCCUCCUGUAGUAACACUGGAUCAAUAAGAGAUGGUCCUUUAUACUGGACCUCUAUAGGGAGAACAAUUUAGAACUGACAGAGCUAUGCAGUAUAAAUAAAGUUCGUUUAGUUUAGGUUUCCUUAUUUUGAUUAACAUUUCUUUUUAUUGAUCAUUUAGUUGCUCCACCUCCAACCGCGCAACGAAAACCGCCAACCCGGACUCCGUCUGAUCCGGCUCCCCCCGUCCCGUCCCGCCGAGGACCAAGGCGGUAACCCUGGAUCUACAGUGAAGAUGUCCGCGAUUAAUGAUUGUGGGAUGCAGCUGGUCUACAUCCCUAUUUCGAACGACUUUUUGCGUCGUCUGCUUUCGUUUCACCUAACAAGAAAGCUCUGCUUCGCGAGUAAGGCCCGACAAUUGAACGAGUUGUUUGUAUGAGUCGUGAUAUCAAAAUUAAGACGCUGUUUAUGUUGCCCGAUUUGCAACACAGCCCAGAAAGCGUGAAAUUGGGGAGCGGUCAUUAUUUAUGUCGGGGGAGGGGGG